ACCUACACUAGAGCUACUAAUUACAUAAUGAAGACUUCUCAAAUUCAUCGUUCAGCCCCCUCAUUCAUGCAAACCCUACCUUAUGUAGGCAGGUACUCAUUUGUAUACCGUGCUGCCAUAAAGAUACCUAAUGGCGAAAAGGGACAUCCAUUUUCAACCUGAAUACAUUAUUAAUCAUUCCAAUAUUUUCAUGACUCACUCCAAUUAUAUGGCUGCUAUAAGAUGUCAACAUCUCGUAGGUUAAUCGACGUAGCGUUUACUAUUCAUAUUCAUUGGAUCAAUUUUGUAUAACCAAUUGACAACCAUUUUCCAAAAUGAAGUCCGCCAACACCGCGAAGACAGCUUUGGUUAUUAUCGACGUCCAAAAUGGUUUUCGACAUCCCACACAUUGGGGAGCAAGUCGUAGUACACCGGAAUGCGAAGAUAGUAUUGCCUUACUGCUAAAAACAGCGAGAGAGCACAACGAGAAGCAGGGUAAAAACACGGUAGUCAUUUGUCAUGUCCAUCAUCACAGUAUCUAUCCAGAUUCAAUGCUGUACCCAGGCGCCCAGAUCGAGAUAGAUGGUAAAAUUGUCGACGCCGUGCAACCACAACCGUUCGCAACUCCGAACCCCGGCGAGCCAAUCUUCGUCAAGAAUGUCAAUUCGUCCUUCAUCGGUACCAAUCUAGAGAAUUACCUCAAGGACCAAAAUAUCAGGCAACUUAUCAUUCUCGGUUUGACCACGGAUCACUGCGUUAGUACUACUACACGAAUGGCGAGCAACCUAAGGGUUGUAUCGGUGAAAACCCCGACCGGUGAACUCGACGAAGGGGAUAUCAUUCUUGUUAGAGACGCUUGCGCCACUUUUUCAAAAGGAGAUUUCGACGCCGAGAUUGUGCACAAAGUAAACCUCGCAAGUCUGAACGAGGAAUUUGCUCAGGUCGCUAAUACACAAGAUGUCUUACGUGUUGUAUUUGGAUAGAUCCUAUCUACCUACAUAACGCUUAACAUAUCUAGGUACUAAUGGCACUUUCACUUAAAACCCCAUCCAGGUCUCCCUAGCCAAGGUGUCUUCUUCAUCAGCUCCACGCCAUAAUGUCCUACUGAACUGCCCUGCGCUAUGCUGUGUGACGAACAUUCGGAGUAUCGUUUUUGUACCAG